GCUUUAUAUGUGAUACAUGACAUUUAUUGAUUUGAAAACACUCAGCAUCAGAAGCAAAGGCGAGAGAAAGGGAAACGAUCAGACAGAGAAAUGCCCCUUUGCAAAGCGAAAGGGAAGGACAGCCAGGGCAGCCAGGAAGAGUGUCUCUGGAGCACUAAGGAAGCCAAGCCAAGCCCCCUUCCCAAACUUCAAGGAAGAACAACAGAAAGACAAUCGAUCAAUCAAUCAAUCGGUUGCUAAUAAGCAAAGUCCUCAACGGUUGCGCUGUUAGAAGGAGCAGAUGCAGAAGUGAUAGAAAGGGAGAGGAAGGAGGAGGAGCUGCAACGAGGAUCGACACCGGAUCAAGUUGUCAAAACGUGCCUUUAGCUCUUUCUUUCUUUUUGGGGGAAAGGGCUUGGCCAAACCCUGGCCCUGGCCCUCCCUUCCCCGCGAGGCAUGCUGGGAGAUGUAGUCCUCCUGCUGCCAGGGCAAGGGCAAGGGAAGAGGAGGAGGAUGGAGCCGCCGGGGGCCUCGAUCCGCGCCUGCCGCCCCGAGGACUGCGCCCAGGUCCUCCGCCUGGUCCGGGAACUGGCAGAGUAUGAGAAAACACCUGAGCAGGUGAAAAUCAGCGAUCAAGAACUUUGCCAAGACGGUUUUGGCCAAGAUGCCUUCUAUAAAUGUUUGGUAGCUGAGGUCCCGCCUGAGCAUCAAAGCAAAGCUGGUCACACCAUCAUUGGGUACGCUCUGUAUUUUUUCACUUACAGUACUUGGAAAGGAAGAAAUAUCUACAUGGAAGAUCUUUAUGUGAUGCCAGAAUUUAGGGGUAAAGGCAUCGGGAAGAAGCUGAUGAGAACAAUUGCUGAGAUCGGCUUGGAGAAGGGAUGCACCCAGAUGAAGUUCAGCGUCCUGGACUGGAACCAGCCAGCGAUGGACUUCUACUUCAGCAAAGGGGCCGUGGACCUGACUGCCACGGAGGGCUGGCACGUCUUCCGCUUUGAGGCAGAUGCCAUGCGGCGAAUGGCACGCGGGAAGGAGGGCAAGUGAACCAUGCUUGGCUCGCCAGCUCCAUCUUUUCUUGGAGAACCCACUAGUCCUGACUCUCAAAAUCUUAUGUUCCUGGUGGCUACUUAAAAUGGCCGCCUUCCUCUGCUCCAGAGAAACCCACGACUCUUAGCAUCAUUUUCUUUGGAAGACUGGAAACAUACCAUAAGGACUGCAUUCUUUGGCAGGCCCCUGUUUCAUGGAGGCUUUGAGGGAAAUUAAAGAGAAAUUAAAAAUAAAAGACAGGAUUAAAAUAAUUUGCAUUUC